AUGCAAAAUAUGAAAUCUCUGAGCAGUGUAGGACUUGCUUUGAGUCUUGUUUGUGGGUUUCUUUUACUAGCUCUUGUUGCUGAGCUCUACUACUUGCUAUGGUGGAAGAAGAGGAUUGUCAACAGAGAGAUUGAAGAUGAUUAUAGCAAUCCAUUAAGAGAGUUCUUCUACAUGUUCUGUUUGAAGAAGAAUCCAUCAUCAUCAUCUUUAAGCUCCACAACUAUCAACCCCAAUGUCCAUGAUCCACAAUCUCUGUUUCAUGCACAUUCAAACAAGGCCUUGUGGCCUAAACCCUUUGGAGAGGAGGAGGAGGAUGAUGGAGUGGAGGAGACUGAACUCAUGGGACCACCAAGAUUUCUCUUCACCAUCAAAGAAGAAACUAAAGAAGAUUUGGAGUCUGAAGAUGGAAAGUCUAGAGGUGAUAAUAAGAGUAGGAAAGGGUCAAGAACUAGAAGCUUGAGUGAGAGUGAAGUGAUUUUCACAGUGGAGACUCCAUUUUUGACCCCAAUUGCCUCACCACCAUAUUUCACUCCUCCACUUACUCCUAUUGAGUCCUCAUAUGACCACCAUGGAUUUAUGCCUCCCUUUGAAUCAUCAUCAGGUGAUGCAGAGGUUAAUGUGGUAAGAUCAUCGCCGCCACCAAAGUUGAAGUUCUUGAAGGAUGCAGAGGAAAAACUUUACAGAAGAAAACUAGAGGAAGAUGAGAAAGGGGUUCAUGAGAUUGACGGGUUUGAUCAAGAUGGAGAUAAAGCUCCUUCAACAUCAGAGUUACUAAAUGAUGAAGAGGAUGAGUCUUUUAUUACACUCAUUGUUUCUAAGAAUGAGUAA